GGACAAGGAGGUGGGGGCAGGCGAGUUAAGAGUCCUAACUCCUUGGACUCCAUUUGCUAUUCUUUUCUUUCUCCUUUACACCUAUUUGGUGGUUGUGGGCAUUUGUAUUUGCUUUUCUUUACAUUCAUUUCCAAAUCUGAAAAAAAAAAAAAAUUAGGGUUGUUCGUAGUGGCAAAGGGGUAAAGGAGGAGAGGAGCAGCCGAAGAGAGGGAGGACAUGGAGAUGAAGAACAGGAUCAGCCUGGAGUUAAGGAACAGAGCCCCGGAGGAGGUAACAGAAUUAGUCCUUGAUAAUUGCCAGUGUGUCAAUGGGGAAAUUGAAGGCCUGAAUGACACUUUUAAAGAAGUGGAGUUUCUGAGUAUGGCUAAUGUGCAAUUGAGUUCACUGGCUCGGCUCCCCAGCUUGAAUAAACUUCGGAAGUUGGAACUUGGUAACAAUAUAAUUUCGGGAGGUUUGGAAGUCCUGGCCGAGAAAUGUCCAAAUCUUACCUAUCUCAACCUGAGUGGAAACAAAAUCAAAGAUCUCAGUACCGUGGAAGCCUUGCAAAAUCUUAAAAAUUUGAAAAGCUUGGACUUGUUUAACUGUGACAUCACAAACUUGGAAGAUUACAGAGAAAGUAUUUUUGAGCUGUUGCAGCAAAUCACAUACUUAGAUGGAUUUUGAUCAGGAUGAUAAGGAAGCACCAGACUCGGAAGAGGAAGAUGAUGAGGAUGAAGAUGAAGAUGAAGAUGAAACUGGUCUACUUGAAGGAUAUGAGGAGGAGGAGGAAGAAGAGGAUGAA